CUCUCCCUCUCUCCCUCCCUCUCUCUUGUAGCCAGGCGGACUCUUCAUCAGUCAGUCUCAGAGGGGUGACCCAGGAUCGGCUCAGGCUGCUCCCUCUUAGCGCACAGCUCUGCUGCUGACAGUUGACAGCUGACUGACGGAGAUGAGCUGCAGGAGAGGGAAGAGGGAAGAGCCCAGGUCUGUUUUCCUGUGAGAGAGUCUCUGCAGUCUUACUUCACCACGACCAAAAGAUGAAGAAGUGCGACGUUCAAAACAAGGAAGUUGUUCCAGCAGCAGAGAGCGGCCUGCAGGCCCGGUGAGUGUCCCGGGAAUACUGAGCGGGGAUUCCCUGAUGGGAAUAUUAUCCAAGAUGCAAAAAUCUGCACGGAAGGGAUUUUAACCAAGGCGCCCCCCCACCACCCUGCAGCAUCUGUUUGGCCCCUUUUAGGUCUGUCUGCUUGUGUGUGAGUGUGUGUGAGUGUGUGUUCUCGCGCCGGAGUGUGCCACAGUGAGCAGGACUAUGAGUCUGGUCUCGGGCUACCCUCACCACCCGAUCAUGCACCACCACGACAGCCACCACUAUUCGCUGCACGCGGCGGCCGGACGGUGCCACGAGGACAGCGGUGCCCCUCCGUACUUCACGAGCUGGCUGAUCAGCCACGCGGACAUGUCCCCCACAGACUACAGCCUCGCGCCGGGCUACAGCCCGGAGUAUCACACCAACAGCGGGGGCGACUCCUCCGGCGGCCUGGACGCGCGCCAUCACCACCACUACGGACCGGGAAACCACCUCCUCCCGGGUCCCGGGACCAUCUCGGUGAACGGAGCCACGGUCGGCAUGCAUCACCACCAUCACCACGCGCACCCCCGCACCAUUAAGCGGAGACCCACCGCAAAUCGCAAGGAGAGGCGGCGGACCCAAAGCAUCAACUCGGCCUUCGCGGAGCUCAGGGAGUGCAUCCCCAACGUACCGGCAGACACCAAGCUGUCCAAGAUCAAGACUCUGCGGCUGGCCACCAGCUACAUCUCCUACCUGAUGGACAUCCUGGACAAGGACGGCCAGCACGGAGACACGCAGGCGUUUAAAGCCGAACUGAAAAAAACGGAGGCCCGGGAUGAACGCAGGAAAAGAGAGACGGUGGAGAUCCCUAAAGCUGCCUCCUCAUCUUCGUCCUCGUUGUCAGUAGGAGAUAAGAAGAGCAAAGGUCGGACAGGAUGGCCUCAGCAUGUCUGGGCCCUGGAACUCAAACAGUAGUGAACCCUCCACUCCCAAACUUGACCCCCAGGCUCUGAUGAGCUUUGAGGCUGCUCUGCCACAGCUCUCUCAGGCUUCCCACAGCAGCGGGGCUGGAUGGACGCUGCAUAUGGACCUCCUGCUGCUGGGCCAUGGAAGGAGCCAGUGUCAGAGCUGGAGUCCUGCCAAAGGGCCCCAUCCACACAGGGACCAGCGCAAUUCUUUCCCCGGCACACUUCUGAACAGACCAAGCCACCCCCAGCCCAAACACACACAUUCAAACGCAUCUGUUUACUAAUGUUUCUGCAUAGCUGACCACACCAACGGGGAAUUGUGUGUGUUUUAUUUAAGGGAAUAUAUUUAUGUUUAAGUGGCCAUUAAACGGGUUUCUGCAAGAACUCUAACUCUGAUGUAUGUGAACACAUCUCUCUCUCUCCUACCGCAGUUUUAGGUUGUAAACGUAUAGUGCCGUCACACCGUUGACAGAGUGUCCGUGUUUUUGUGUGAAAAUGUGCUAGGAGUCUAAUUAAUGCUUCUCGUGGGAUGUAAACAGUGUCGUAAAAAGAAUAAAGGCACCGCGUGGUGAAAAGGUGACUGGUUCAAACUGGGCUUAUCUCUGCAUCUCAAAGAGUACCAGGUUGGUUUUUACCGCAUUUUCCUUCACAUCAUUAUCAUAGUUUAUUACAUUUAGACCAGAUACUAAUUUAACAGAAAUCACUAAGAUGGAAAUGUGCUUUCUGCCAGAAAUUGUGCAUCAAUUUUGUGGCCUUAAAAUACGGGGCAAAAUAAACAUGCAUGCAUAGUCGUAUAAAUUUCUAAAUCUGUCAAUAUAUCUAGUUAAAUUUUUAUUUGUUCCUCGCCACCUGCGGUAACUAGCU